AUGUCUAAUAAUAAAACGGAAUACAGAGGGAAAAAAACAAUUAAUCCCGAUUUGAUUCGCGAAAGGGAAAAUUGUACUUUUGACCCCAUUCAAAUAACUUACAUUCUAGAUGAAGAUCCUAAAAAAACAGAAGAAAGAAGAAAAAUGGAGGAUUGGUUUUUAAAAGAUCCUAGAUUUCAAGAAGUCAUACCAUCAGAAUAUUUAAGUCACAAGGAAAAAUAUGAAGAAGCUGUUAGGAAAGCUUGUUUGAUAUUUAAAAAAUUAGAAGAAAUGGAUGCUGCAUUCGAUUCGUAUAGUCAAGUAUUGGGACAAUUGGGUUCAGCCGUUUUAAAAGAUGGUAAUCCGUUCACACUACAUUAUGUCAUGUUCAUACCGACAAUAUUGGGACAAGGAACACUCCAACAACAGGCACACUGGGUUGGUCGUGCUUGGAACAAAGAAAUAAUUGGAACGUAUGCACAGACCGAACUGGGACACGGGACUUUUAUAAGAGGAUUAGAAACUACGGCUCACUACGACGAAAAGAAAAAAGAAUUCGUACUUAACAGUCCAACUCUAACGAGUUAUAAAUGGUGGCCAGGUGGUUUGGGACAAACGGCAAAUUAUGCCGUCGUAGUAGCUCAACUAUAUACGAAAAACGAAUGUCACGGAAUUCAUCCUUUUAUUGUUCAAUUACGUCACGAAAAAACUCACAAACCCAUGCCUGGUAUAAAAAUAGGAGAGAUAGGUACGAAAUUAGGUAUGAAUUCGACAAACAACGGGUAUUUGGGUUUCGAUCACGUUCGGAUACCGAGAGAAAACAUGCUUAUGAAAAAUUCAAAAGUUUUAGAAGAUGGUACUUACGUCAAAGCACCCAGCAGCAAAUUGACUUACGGUACCAUGAUGUUUGUUAGAGUCGUCCUUGUUAAAGAUGCUGCUAGCAUGUUGGGUAAAGCAGUUACAAUAGCCACGAGGUAUUCGGCUGUCAGAAGACAAUCGGAGCUGAAACCUGGCGAGCCAGAACCUCAAAUUUUAGACUACAGAGCUCAACAAUUUAAAUUAUUUCCAAACAUCGCGACAGUUUUUUGUUUCAGAGCCGCCGCAUCGUGGCUUUGGCAAAUGUAUAAUAACGUAACGGCCGAAUUGGAAGGUGGUGAUUUGGAUAGGUUGCCGGAGCUUCACUCCAUAGCUUGUUGCAUGAAAGCCGUUUGUACGAGUGAUGCUGCCAAAGGUAUCGAAACCGUUAGAAUGGCAUGCGGCGGACACGGUUACAUGACUUGUUCGAAUUUACCACUCUUGUACGGUCUUUGCACGGCCAUGUGCACGUACGAAGGAGAAAACACGGUUUUGUUAUUGCAGACUGCCAGGUACUUGGUAAAACAAUUUCAAGGUGCGAGAUCGGGUGGAAAAUUAACUCCGACUUUAGAAUACAUACGUACCGUUGAAAAUCAAGGGACGACGGUGAGACGUUGGGAUCAAACCAUGGAGUCCAUAUUGUUGGGUUUCAAAGAAGUCUCGGUGGGAAAGUUAAAAACGGCCGUUGAAAAUUUAGAAAAGAGACAAAACGAUGGGAUCCCACAGGAAGAUGCUUGGAACAUGAGUCAUUUGGAAUUGACGGGUUGCGCGGAGGCUCACUGCAGAGCUUUCCUCGUGAGUAAAUUUUACGAAUCCGUUGAAAAAUUAAAUCCGUCCUCAGAAGUCAAAUCCGUGCUGCGUCAAUUAUCUGAACUUUACGCUUUGUAUUGGAUAUUGGAAAAACUCGGAGAUUUUCUAAGGUUUUCAUCUUUGGAAAGUUCUCAAGUCGGCACCAUACAAAAACGACUGGAAGACCUUUUGGCACAAAUCAGGCCGAACGCUGUCGGAAUCGUUGACGGUUUCGACUACUGCGACGAAGUUUUAAAUUCUGCUCUGGGGUCAUACGACGGUCGCGUUUACGAAAGAUUAUUCGAAGAAGCGAGCAAGAGUCCUCUGAACAAACAACAAGUCAACGGAUCCUUUUCCAAAUACGUAAAACCAUUGCUGAAAAGCAAAAUGUAA